AUGUCGUUGCAGGCAGCGGUGGAUUUUUUUGUCAAACACAAAGAAGACGUGGCUAUGGGUCUCAUGGUGUUCUGUGUCACCGCAUGGAUAGUAUUUAUUAUGUACCUCGCGUUAAAGUACAAACGCAAAUCGAUCGCAUUAGAAAUCAGAAUCGAGCAACUGCGAGAAAGAAUUGACCAUCAGCGAAACAUAAUAAACGACUAUCGACAACACAGACACAGGAUUGCCGGGCAAGAACACAUGGGAGUUGUUGACCUUCCUCCAGCCGAAGGAAUGGAAAUGCAAGAACUUCCUCAACAAGAAAGAGCUGAGGAACUGCCUCAACAAGAAAGAGCUGAGGAACUGCCUGUUGGACAAGAGCAAGAUGAUGACAACGUUUAUGAACGUCUUGUGCUCAAUUAA